CGCGUCAAGUAAACAACAGAGCUCAGUCGUAAUCGUUGUCUUGAGGGAUUCUCUGCCGCUACGCUUUCCUUGCGAGUGUUUUUGUAGUGUUUUUGUUGACUUUUGUUUGUUAAUCUGAAGGCAGCGAGGAAGAUGAGUUCUUCACACGCUGAAAAGGAUCUGGAUAACACGAAUUGUAGUCGUGGUGUCUGGUUGGUGAAAAUUCCCAAGUAUAUGAAGGAUAAGUGGGUAGAAUGCCCAGGAGAUGUUGGGAAGCUCAGAAUUAACAAGGCCCCAGGGAAGGUGCCGACGGUUACAUUCAAGUCCGCAGAAAACUUGAUGGAUAGCAAGACCCCAAGAGAACACAAAUUCAUUUUACACAGUGUAAAAGAACAAACUUUAGGGGUGUUUUCACAUACAGUCUCCAGUGGAAGCAGUGAUGCUGUGGUUCCAGAGACAGAGAAACUGUUUAUGGAAGGGCAGGUCAUCCAGAAGUUUGAGUGUCAGCCAGUUGUGGAUACAUAUUACUUGAACCAGAAGAGAGAAGCUGUGAAGAAGGCAGCCCAGCCAUGUCGCCAAUCUAUGUUCAUCCAGAGGCCUGUCACAGUCUACCGUCCUAUUGCAGCUCACAAGCAUACAAUUGAGGUAGAAGAACGUAAGAAAGCCGAGGGUAAAAAGGCUCGUGAUGAUAAGGACAAAGUCAUGGAGAUGCUCUUUGCUGCCUUUGAAAAACAUCAGUACUAUAACAUCAAGGAUCUGCAGAAAAUUACACGUCAACCAAUUACUUAUCUGAAGGAGAUACUGAAUGAAGUAUGUGAUUACAACGUCAAGAACCCUCACAGGAACAUGUGGGAAUUGAAGCCUGAGUACCGGCAUUAUAAGGCUGACGAGGUAGAGGCCGCAGAUGAUCCUAAUAGUGAUUAAGGAUUUGAACUUAGCAAAGGCAUUGUUAUCAUAAGGCUCUUAGUGAUGAACUAUCUUCAUGCCAUGGUAUCAUAUUUUGUGUUAUGGUAUAUACAAAGAGUUGUUACUUUGUUUUUAUCGUCUUUGGAGUAGGAAGAGAGAUCAAUUUUUUUUUUUACUUAUUACUUUUUGGGUAAAUUUUAUUGAUGCGAAUGUAAAUUAAACAAAUUUUUUGUUAUUCAUUGAUGAAAUUUAUUAUUGAUUCUAUAAAGAUGGAAUUGUGUAAGGAUUCCUACUCAUAGCUGCUCCAUGUCAAACAUGUGCAUUUCAAAGUAUUAGGCUGUGGCAUGAUUUUUUUUUUUUUUUUUUUUUUUUUAGAUUUCUGUGGUAUUACUGUUACAGUAAGGGGUUUUAGCCUAUAGAAAUGUUUGAAAUAAUUGAAGACCUUUUCUAGAUAUAAUAAAAAAAAGCAAGGUUUGAUGCACUUCAUAUUUCCUUUUAAAUAUCUAUAUAUAAUGAAAAUAAUUUUAUAAAGUGAAUUAUCCUUCAUGUUCUACUAUUAAGGAAUACAAUGAAGUUCAGUAACUUUUUUAUUACAUGAUUGUAAUGUUUAAAUCACUUGUACUCAUUAUUACAUCUCAUCUCAUCACAGGAAAACGGAGAGCUAAUUUUUACAUUAGUGUUAAUUUUUGAAAUGAAAGAAACCUUACAUAACUAAGUGAUGAAUUGUUAUAUAAAAGAAUAAUAAAUUCCUCCAGUCCACGUCAUUUUAUGUAUCUUGAUGGGAUUUUUCCAAUCUUGAUACAUGGCCUGGUUAGCUCUCAGUGGAGCCCAAGAAACUAUUAAAAAAAAAUCACAAAAAAACAAACAAAUAGCACUCUUCAACUCCCUUCUUUCUUCUCUACUCUUUUUUGGGUGGGUGGGUAUGGACAAAAAUGGGAGGUCAAAAAAUAAAUAAUUAUUUUUAUACCAUCACUAAAUAUUAUUAACUUGAUGACUCCAGGUGAUUUGCUCUCACACUUGGCUGAAAAUCAAGGUAUUGUAAUAAUAAGUAACAGUGCAUUACUUUUUAACAUUUUUGCAUUCCAUAUUCUGUAACACAUCCUGCACCACUAUGUCAUCCUUAAAGACAGCCCCCUCCCAGGAAUGGCUCAAAGAUGGUAAGCCCCACUCUUUGUUUACUGGUGAAAGUAAUGCAGGGGCCCUUUCCUGGAGCCAGCUAAGUCAAUCUCCCUCCAAGCAAUUUGUGCACUCAUGAUGAUAUGUUCUCAUCACCCUCCACUUGGCAACAGUUUCCUAAAACAAGACAUUCCUAUCACCAUCACAGCCAAAUUUUUAAAAAGAUAAAUGUCACUGCCACCCAGACCCAAAGGGGUAAAUUUUUAUUUAAUAGUGAAUAGAUAGGGAUGAAAGUAACUAGCAUGAGGUUGGAGGAUGUGCUGAAAAUUAAAGGCCAAAUGAUUUUCUACAGUAGAAAAGCUGUCCUCCCUGGGAAAUCUUAUUUUCCAAUUCAUAAAGGGAGUGUAUUCAUCAAAAAUAAUUUUGCAUCAUCUUUUAUAGCUCCUGCUUAUCAAUGCCUAGCUUUUAUGGUUCUUUUCCCACCAAGGGAAGGGUACCAAAUAACAGAUGCCAUUACAGAGACCACUACUGCUGUGCAAGAGACUUCCAGAAUAACUACUUCCAAGUUAAGUUAGGCCUAAACUUUGAGAAAGGGAGCAUCAGGUGUACAUGCAUUCUAAGGCCCCAUACAGACUUACGGGCAGUGCUCAUCAAGCAAUGGCUGGUGAGUGGAUAUUUCACACUUGCUUAGCAAUGUUACCAGAUCGAGCAGUUCCAAGCAGCCAUCACCUACCAUUGGGCACCUGUGUUGUUUUCCACAUGUGUGAUGGGCACACUGCAGAUCAACAGGCACAACCAUUUCAUGGUUUGCCCAUUGUUUCCCUGCUUGUGAGGUCAUCUACAAUUGUGCCUUUCAAUCACUCUAAAUAUUGGUUUAGAAUAUUAUUUGCCCUUUCAUCUGGAUAGGGCCUAAGUUGCAAGAUAAUAAGAGUAAGAUGGCCAGCUCCUUUCUGCCCUGUCUUCGACAACAGUUCUCUUAUAUUCUGACUUCAGAAUCCCUACUCAAGGAAAACCACUGUCAAAAACCCAUAGAGACACUGCCGGCCUUAACAAAAUUUGAGACUUUGUCUCUUAAUUUCACCUUAAUUACACAUAGAUGGUUACACUUGAACUGUCACCAAUGAGCCAAUCACGAGUACUGCCUCUCUCGUCUGUUACCCUUUUCCUUGAUUUUUUAUUAUUAUUUUUUUAUGUUAUCUUAUAUUGCUGUUAAUAAUGUCAAUAGCAUUAUAGUAAUUAUAAUGUCCAUAAUAAAAAUAACACCACUGA